AUGAAGAACUUUUCGAGGAACAGGUUUUUGGUCUGUUUUAGACCCGUUAUGGACUCCGUGCUCGACUCCAAACCAGUUGUAGUCGAUCGUUCCCGAAAUCAUCGGGUGUUAACGUAUACGAAGACAGAGUCGUCGGUUCCCAAUACGGAGAAUUCGAUCACGGUCCAUCGUCCCGGGAAGAAAACAUUCUCCCAUGUCGUUAAAGCCGUUGUGUUCGAGAUUUUCUUGGCGAAGAGGGUUAAAGAAAGAAAAGGAAUCGGUCGAGGAUCAUAUUCAUCGAAGCAUGAUUUUCCAGUAAACAGCCAUGAAUGUGAUGAAGUGUUGGAUACAAGAGCUGGUGCCGAUGGAACUCGGGAGACGAUUUCAGAGUCCAACUCGGUCCCAAAUUCAGAGCCGGAAACAAGCAAAGACCAAGAACGUGAAGUGAAGGAGAAACGAGGAGGAAUACAGAGAGGUUGGAGUUCAAGCAAUGCCGUGUUCUGGUUGUUAUUAGUCUGGCAAUGA